AUGAGCAAGCUUUUCGAGCCACUGAAGCGAAACGUGGCCUUUUCAGAAAUAAUAAAGCCGCGGUGGGUGCUCGAGCCCCCAAACUACACGCGCACGCCGCUGUGGAGGCAGUUCCUCGAGGUUCAGUUCACGAGCAGGAACUUCUUCGUGUUCGGCAGCACCUGGGCGGCGCUGGCCUCGUUCGGGUUCCUGCUGUGGUACUCAAGACUGCUAGACCCGCCACCCCUGGAGAGGCUGGACCGAUACUGGCUGAACUCGCCAAAAUUCCGAAUCCUAUCGGCGUAUUACAACAGCGGUAAGAGGCCCGCGGCCAAGAUAGCGCUGAUGACUUACGAAGUGCGCUACUUCAACAGAGGGCUCGACCACCCUUUCACGAUGAACGAGGUGAAGGACUUCCUCUUCAAAAUGAAGGAGAACUACUUGAUCGAAAACCACCCUGGCGUCCAGUACCCGAACGUGUUCAGGCAGCACAGCAACGUGAAGACGCCGGCGACACUAACUGUGAAUUUACACUAA